AUGCCUCUGAGCAACUGCAGAGGAGGGGAGGGCGCGGCUAUAAAUAGCGGCGGGCUCCCCGCGGGUGAUUUAUUUAUUCCCCUCUCGCUAAUUCCUGCCCGGGCAUCGCUGCGGGGUGGGGCACGAAUCCGGGGGGACCCGGGCUGGUGGCACCGCGGGGACAGCAGGGUGGCCUCCGCUUGCGGUGCUCGGGGCUGCGGGUUCAGCGCGGUGACACCGCCCAGGGUCACCGGGGCUCCCCGCCAGCUGCCACCGCGGCCCGGGGCUGGCCAGGGGCACCAAGUGCGUCAGACCUCCGGCUGCCCCCCCCGUCCGUCCCCAAAAAUCCGCCGCGUGGUCCCGGUUCCUGCGGUCGCCGCCAAGUCCUGGCCAUAUGUCCCAGGCCGGGAGCAGCUGGCGGUGCCCGCGGGAGCCCCCGGCCCCCGCUGCCCACUCGCCGGCGAGGGGCGGGCCGGGGGCGGCACCGCCGCUGCCCCCCCGAGGGCAGGGCAGGGGGGCUCACUGUGCUUUGGAGGAGCACAGAACCGGCUGAGAGGAAGCAGGACGAGGCCACGCGGCUCCGCUAAAAGCAGCGGGAGGGCUCAGCCGUGCCACCGGGGGACCCCCGGGGGUGACAAAGCCGCCGCACCGGGUUCUCCCUGCGCCUCCCCCACGCGCUCGGCUCAGCCAAAGGACAAAGCCGCUCCGCCUGGCUGCCCCCGCCGGGCCGCCGCCGACCUCCGCUCGGGGCCCCCCGCGGGGGACACAGCCGUGCCCGCCGCCCCUGGCACCUCCACAAAGCCCUCGGGCGGGGGUCCCCACCCUGAGGAGGGAGUCCCCCCAAGCGCAGGGUCCCCAGCGGCGGACCAAGGUCACCGGGAAGGUCGCGAGGGGCGGGAAGGCCCCCAUGUGUCUCCACGGUCCCCGCCUCGAAGGCUGCGCCCCGCACGUCGAAGCCGCAAGGGCCACGCGGUGCCCGAACCCGCCCGGAGCCCCCGGUUCCCCCCGGGCUCGGCUGCGGCCCCGGGGACGGCCGGCUCUGGUGGCUGCGGGACGUGCCACUCCGGCAGGACAUCCCCCCUGUCCCCGCACCCUAUACCGGGGAACGCCACGCGCGGGGUCCCCGCCGCUGCCACCCCCGGAGUGUCCCCCCCCGCCGCUGCCACCCCUGGGGUGUUCCCCCGCCGCUGCCACCCCCGCGCCGGCUCACUUGCCACGGCCCUGUGCUACGGGGAGCGUCGCGGGGCCCCGGAGGGCUGCGGGCGCUGCCAGCUCUCGGCUCGGAGGAGCAAUACUGGCGACAGCGGCAGCGUGCGGGGGGAUCGAGGGCUUCCCCGCCCCACGCCCCCGCGUCCCCCCCGGCAGGGCAGUGACCUUGAGGCCGCGGCGCUGGCGAGCGUCCUCAUUGUCACCGCCGGGGGCUUCUCCCGCGUCCCCCCUGCCCCAACUCCCCCCCCAUCGUCGCCGCAGCGGAGGGGGCUGAGCAGGCCUCGGACACCCCGGAGCCUGGGAACACCGGGGAACCCCCGGGGAACCCCUCCGUGGUGCCCCCUCCCCCUUGCCAACCCUCCCGGGCACCCCCCCGCCGCUGCGCCGGGGGCUUCCCGCGAGCGGGGGAAUCCUCCCGAGCCAGGGGAUUCCCGGGAUUCCCGCGGGCCACAGGCUUCCCCAGCACCGGUAGCCGCCCCUGGAGCGGAGGGGCGGUGGGGGUCCCCACCCUCGCGGACCCCCCACAAAUUCACCCACCUGCCGCCAACCCCCGGCCUCCGCUGCCCUCGGGCACUGCCGCCGCUGACCAUGGCCCGGUGGCGGCGACACGUGCGGCGCCGAGCCCGGGAUCCCAGCGGGUCCCGGUGGCACAACCAGGGGCCGGGGGCGAGCCUGGACAGCGGCUUCGCGGUGCCGCCGAGCCCCUCCCGGCCGCGCCGUGCCUCGGUUUCCCCAGCGCGCAGGCGGCGGCCGCGGGGGCUGCGGGCGGCGAUGCGGCGCCGUUACGAUGCCGCUCCACACGCGCAGCCGCGCGCACCCGCCUCGCCGCCUCUCGGGGCUUCCCGGGGCCUCCCGGUUCUUCCCGGAGGCUCCGGGCCGCCACCGCGGAUAAAUCCCGCGCCUAACGGGGUCCCCUCCCCGCGCUCCGCCGCAGCCGCGGGGCCGGGGGCGAUCGCACACCCGCUGCUCUCCCCCCACACCGGUGACAUUGGGGCGGCCCCCGGGUGGGGCUUUGUGCCCCCCGCUAAGGUGUCGGUGUCAACCUCGGGGGUGCUGGCGCCCCUCCCGGUCCUUUGUCACACCACGGGGAUUUAG